UCUUCGGAAUCGCACACGCAAUUUUCUUCAAUGCAGUAGGAAUACUCUCUUAAAAAUAGGAUAAGCUGAUAUACAUAAGUAGCGUCCUCUACUGGUCAAAAAAUGUCCCAAGAACCUAGAGACGGAGAUCAGAAGAGUAGAAGUAGGCAACCGAUAGCGUAAACAAACCUCACCGCAAAUAUUUACUUAUUUGUGAAAAAAAAUGAGAGAUAAACUAUAUUAAAUUUUAAUAUCUUACUCAGACCGAAGAAUGCAUUAAUUAACCAUAUUUGUAUAAAGAAAAGUUUUAAAAAAAUUGUGUUGGAUAUGCAACUUCUUAAAUCAAAUUUAUAAGUCUGCGUAUUCAUAAUCUCGCACAUGUUAAGUGAAUUACCCUCGUAGUAAUGGAAACAAUAUAGAAAACGAUUUAAAAAGGUUAUUUCCAUGCAGAUCUAAUUCAUAGAUUAUCUUAAUAUGGAAAAAAGUUGAUGUGGAUGAUAAAAUAUCUUUUUGCUGACCGUUAAUAAAAUUCGUAUUGUGCGUGCAUAAAUAUUUAUUUUUAAGAAUAUUGUGUUUUCUGUACGAUUUAUAUAAUCAAUAAACUAUUCAAUUAUUGUGUGAAAAUUCUCCAUGGGUAAAGGAAAUAUUAUUAAAGGCAAUAUCAUUCUAUGUAGCAACCCUAACAGCAAAUAGUCUCUGUGCAAUGUGUAUCAUAGUUGCAAUGAUCUUCUAACAGAAAAUUAUUUUCUUACAUGGAAAUUUAAUGUUUGUAUUGAUAAAUUUCCAAUUGUAGUUUAUAAUUAUUCUUCGUAAUUAUAAAACAUUUUACUUCUGUUCUAAAAAAUUAUACGAAAAGAAUUGGUUCAUUUCAUUGUUUUGUGUUUAAUAUAGAAAUAAUUUAUUUAUGCAUUCAUUGUGAUAAAUUAAUCAAACAAAGAAGAAUAAUUUGGUUUAAGUAACACUUUAAACGAACUUUUCAUGAAUUGUAUUAUUAAACAGUUAAAAAAUGAAAUUUCAGAUUACUGAUUACAGUUGCAGAUAAUUAAGCUGUGUGUCACUUACAUAAAACAUAUAUGUAAAACAUGUAUUUAAACUCAAGAAAUUUAAAUUGUGAUUUUUCUGUUAACACUGAGAAAAUAUUUUCUGUAUUCAGUUUGUGCAAUUUAAUACUCGUAAAUAGAAUUGAACUUUGUUGACUUUCUCGUAUUCAUGUUAACGAAUAAGAGCUUGCUUUUCAGGUGCAUGAUAAAACAUUGGUAUAAAAAUUGAAAAGUAAUUAUUUUUUAAAAAUAUUUUUAUAGAUAAUUUCAAAACUUAUAAGUCGGUGAAAGUGAAAAAUUUUUUUUUGUCCUUUCUUGGUUUAUAAUGAACUAUAUUUCUGCAGUGUCUUUGUGAAUAAAAUGCUAAUGAAAUCAAAUUUUAUAAUUUCAUGUUCAUAAUAGUUAUUAUCAUGUUAAUAUCGUAAAGUAAAGUAAUUACAUUUAGUUUUGUAUCUUGGUAUUUUCGACUAAAGAGAAAUAUUAAAGUUGGUUUUGUGAAAAAUAAAAAAUGUUAAUGUCUGAAUAUAAGUUAAAUUAAUGCUUUCACAGAUGUACCUAUUAAUGAAUCAUAUUUCUUCAUUACUAUAUUUUACUUAAGUAAAAAUUUAGUCAAUUAAGUGACUUGAUACAGCAUGCUCUUUUUUGUAUCAUAUGUUAUUAGAGGCUUAAUUUAAUUCAGAAUACGCAUCAUUCUGUAAGUAAACCUUAUUCGUUAUUGUAACAAGAGGUUUUCAGGAAAAAAGUGCGACUAAACACUGUAAAAUUAAUGCUGGUGAGAAGCCUUUUACUUGUAGUAUAGAUAAUAAGAUAUUCUCAAUAAAUGAUUAUGAAUACACACAGUUUUGUUCAUACUGGUGACAAGCCUUAUUCUUGUAGUAAAUGUAAUAAGAAUUUUUCAUGUAAAAGUCAUUUGAUCAGACACAGUCGUGUUCAUACUGGUGAGAAACCGUAUUCUUGUAGUAUAUGUAAUAAGAGUUUUUCACGAAAAAGUGGUCUCACUACACAUAGUCGUCUUCAUACCAGUGAGAAACCUUAUUGUUGUAGUAUAUGUAAUAAAAAAUUUUCACUGAAAGGUCAUCUCACUACACACAGUCGUGUUCAUACUGGUGAGAAGCCCUAUUCUUGUAGCAUAUGCUAUAAGAGUUUUUCAGUAAAAGGUAGUCUGAAAAGACACAAUCUUGUUCAUACUGGUGAGAAGCCCUAUUCUUGUAGCAUAUGCUAUAAGAGUUUUUCACUGAAAAAUAAUCUGACAGGACACAGUCGUGUUCAUACUGGUGAAAAGCCUUAUUCUUGUAGUAUAUGUAAUAUGGGUUUUUCACAAAAAAGUACUCUGACUAUACACAGUCGUACUCAUACUGGUGAGAAACCUUAUUCUUGUAGUAUAUGUAAUAAGAGUUUUUCACACAGAGGUCAUCUGACACGACACAAUCUUGUUCAUACAGGUGAGAAGCCCUAUUCUUGUAGCAUAUGCUAUAAGAGUUUUUCACUGAAAAAUAAUCUGACAGGACACAGCCGUGUUCAUACUGGUGAUAAGCCUUAUUCUUGUAGUAUAUGUAAUAAAAGUUUUUCACUAAAAAGUCAUCUGAAGAAACACAAUCGUGUUCAUACAGAUGAUAAGCCUUAUUCUUGUAGUGUAUGUAAUAAAAGCUUUUCAGAAAAAGGUCAUCUGAAAGAACACAGUCAUGUUCAUUCUGGAGAGAAGCUUUUUUCUUGUAGUAAAUGUAAUAAGAGUUUUUCACGAAAAAGUUAUCUGAAGAAACACAAUCGUGUUCAUACUGGUUAUAAGCCUUAUUCUUGUAGUAUAUGUAAUAUAGGUUUUUCCCAAAAAAGUACUUUGUCUAUACACAGUCGUACUCAUACUGGUGAGAAACCUUAUUCUUGUAGUAUAUGUAAUAUGGGUUUUUCACAAAAAGGUACUUUGUCUAUACACAGUCGUACUCAUACUGGUGAGAAGCCUUAUUCUUGCAGUUUAUGUCAUAAGAGUUUUUCACACAAACUGAGUCUGAAUCAACACAGUCUUUUUCAUAUUGGUGAUAAGCCUUAUUCUUGUAGUAUAUGUAAUAAGAGUUUUUCUCAAAAAGGUAGUCUAAAAACACACAGCCUUGUUCAUACUGGUGAGAAGCCUUAUUCUUGCAGUUUAUGUAAUAAAAGUUUUUCAUUAAAAGGUAAUUUGAAAAAACACAGUUGUGUUCAUACUGGUAAGAAGCUUUAUUCUUGCAGUUUAUGUCAUAAGAGUUUUUCGCACAAACUGAGUCUGAAUCAACACAAUCUUUUUCAUAUUGGUGAUAAGCCUUAUUCUUGUUGUAUAUGUAAUAAGAGUUUUUCACACAGAGGUCAUCUGACACGACACAAUCUUGUUCAUACAGGUGAGAAGCCCUAUUCUUGUAGUAUAUGUAAUAAGAGUUUUUCUGACAAAGGUAGUCUGAAAAGUCACAGUCGUGUUCAUACUGGUGAAAAGCCUUAUUCUUGCAGUUUAUGUAAUAAAAGUUUUUCACGCAAAAGUAACCUGACAGGACACAGCCGUGUGCAUACUGGGGAGAAACCUUAUUCCUGUAGUAUAUGUAAUAAGAGUUUUUCACAUAAAAGUCAUUUCACAAGACACAGUCGUGUUCAUACUGGUGAGAAGCCUUAUUCCUGUAGUAUAUGUAAUAAGAGUUUUUCACAUAAAAGUCAUCUCACAAGACACAGUCGUGUUCAUACUGGUGAGAAGCCUUAUUCUUAGUUGGUUUUUGAAACAUAUAAAGUAGUAUAGAUUGCUUCAUAAAAUCAACUUCUUGUUCUUCAAGGCAAGUCAUUUAAAUAUUUACUGAUCAUAAAAAAAAUAAUCAAAAUGAGUAAAUCAUAAUUAAGUUUUUUUUUUAUUUUUAAAAACUAUUUAACUAAAUAAUUACUUUCAAUAAAGAAAUGUGAAAAUGAUUUUAAUUUGUCAUUUUGAAAUAGCUUCCUAGUUCAUUAAAAAAUUUUUUUGUCAUAUUUGUAGUUUGGUUCUUAUAAUGAUGAUUCAGCCCAUUUUCAUUAUCUUGUUAUAAAUAUUUCUAUUUUUCUAUAAAAGGUUAAAAUAAAAUGCACUUUAUUUAAUUCUAUACUUAUACUGAGUAUUAUAGCAUAAUGGAUAAAGGAAUCAAGUUUAAAAUUUUCUCAAAGAUAUUUUUUUUAAAUUCUUGUUUUUAGUACAAUUUCCAUAUCUUGUACAAAGUAUAUUUCUAUUUUUUGUUUAUAAACAAUUAAAAUAAAAUGUCAAUUAAAAAAAAUGAUAAAGACAAUUAAAAAAAUCCUUAAAAUUGCAUUUGCAAGUUUUUUAAGGAAAUUCUAUAAAUUUGUGAAAGACUUUCUUUAAAAUUUAUUUCAUUUUAUUUUUUAAGAAUUUUUUAAAGCUAUUAUAAUGAUGUUCAUGUGAAGUGAUUUAUCGCCACAUUUUAUGUAAAGUAAGGAUGUUCAACUUUUUUUACAAUCAUGUUCCUAAUGUUAAAUGAUCUAUUUUUUGUUGUGUGUGUAAUAAAAUAUUUUUACAAAAUAGAUAGCUCUCUAGUUGAACAUAGUCAUGUUUAUUAUGGUGUAAUUUACUAUUGUACAUUAUACGAAGUAUAAAAAGUUUAAUUCAUAAGAUUGAAUAACCUAACUUUCGUAUGGUGUGAGAUAAUAUAAAAUGAUAUUACUCUGCACUAUGAAAAGUUGAAUUUAUAAGGUUGGACAAAGAAAUUUUUUUUUUCUAUGUGUGUAAUAAAAUAUUCUUACAAAGUAGCA